UACUCCAUAAUUUUUUAAAAAGAAAAAGUGUGCACUAGCUCCAUAAUAUUUGGAAUAUUGGACAGAGUAAGAGAGAGAUGGAGAAGCUGAGGCCUCAGCUGAGCACGAGAUGGAUAGCCACAGUGGCGAGCAUAUGGAUCCAGUGCAGCGUCGGCGCAUCCUACACCUUCUCCAUCUACUCCGCCGUGCUCAAAUCGAGCCAAGGCUACAGCCAAUCAACGCUUGACACCGUUUCGGUCUUCAAGGACAUUGGUGCCAAUGCUGGGGUCGUAUCGGGCCUCCUCUACUCCUUCGUCACACGCAAGACUUCCCUUCCGCUGUGCGUGGUUCACGUUGUUGGUGCGAUACAGUACUUCCUAGGCUAUUUUCUCAUGUGGGCCUCCGUCGUUGGAUUGAUCGACAAGCCUCCUGUGGCGUUGAUGUGCCUCUUCAUGUUUCUUGCAGCUCAUGCUCAGACCUUUUUCAACACCGCCGAUGUUGUCAGUGGCUUAGAAAACUUUCCUCAUUAUGGUGGCACCAUCGUGGGUAUUAUGAAGGGCUUUCUUGGGCUUAGUGGAGCAAUACUAAUUCAAGUGUAUGACACAUUUUUCAAGGGCGAGGCAAGCACAUACCUUCUGAUGCUUGCUCUGUUGCCUACAUGUGUCUCCCUUGUGCUUAUGUUUUUGGUGAGAAUUUAUGAAAAAACCACAAGUGAUCACAAGAAGCACUUAAAUGGUUUCUCUGCAGUUGCUUUGAUCAUUGCUGGUUAUCUCAUGAUUAUCAUAAUUUUGGAAAACAUCUUCACUUUGCCAUUGUGGGCACGCAUUUCUACAUUCAUUCUUCUUCUGAUUCUACUUUUAUUGCCUCUUGGAAUUGCAAUCAAUGCCCUGAGGGAGGAGUCAAAUAGAUCAUUACAAACAGAUUCAAUUGAGAGUAAUCUUUUAACUGACAAUGGUGAGCAAAUCACAUCCCCGAAAUUUUCUACAGCAGAGGAUACUAUAGAGUAUCAACAAUUGCCAAGUAGUGACCUCGAAGUGAAGGCCACUUCUGAUGACAAAAUGCUUUUGGAUGAAGAACCCUUGAAUCCCUUGCAGUUUAUGUGUACUGUAAACUUCUGGUUGUUGUUUGUUGCCAUGAUAUGUGGAAUGGGUUCUGGGCUGGCUACGAUUAAUAACAUGAGCCAAAUAGGGGCGUCUCUCAGUUACACAACUGUGGAGGUAAACAACUUAGUUUCUUUAUGGAGUAUAUGGAAUUUUCUCGGCCGAUUUGGAGCUGGAUAUGUAUCAGAUUAUUUUCUGCACACAAGAGGUUGGGCAAGGCCAGUGUUGAUGGCUGUUACUCUAGCCACAAUGGCUGUUGGCCACAUAGUUAUAGCUUCUGGUUUUCCUGGAAAUUUGUAUGUCGGUUCAGUCCUAGUGGGGAUUUGUUAUGGUUCACAGUGGUCAUUAAUGCCCACCAUCACUUCGGAGCUAUUUGGUGUUCGGCACAUGGGCACUAUUUUCAACACUAUUGCCAUAGCAAACCCUGUGGGAUCUUAUGUGUUAUCUGUAAAAGUAAUUGGUUAUAUCUAUGACAAGGAAGCGUCUGGCGAUGAUGACACAUGUUAUGGUACUCGCUGCUUUAUGUUGUCUUUUCUGAUCAUGGCAGCUGUGGCAUUUUUGGGGUGCCUUGUUGCUGUUGCAUUGUUCUUUCGGACUAAGAGAUUUUAUCAGCUAGCUGUGAUUAGAAGGUUGUUAAGGCAUUCUUUUAAAUGAUUAUAAGUAAAUAUGAGAACUUUGUGAGGGAAUGUUAGCCGAGGCCAUACCUUUGUGAUUUA